UUAGAACAAUAACAUUUGCGAGGCGUUAUCUUAACCCUGAUUCGUUCGCUCAAGGCCGUUUGCCAAGUCAUUUUAUUCGAAUUAGUAGAUAACUGGGAUUUCGCAUCACUCCAAACUCAACCUAGUCAUUUGAAAACUACUUAGUACAAUCCAGUUGAUUUGCUCAGUGCUAUUUAUCAAGAAUAUUCAAUUGUACAAUGCCUUUCGCAUCAUUCAAAAAUGUCCAGAAACGAUUCUCUAGAAUACAUAAAGAGCGUUCCCAACCUCAACGUAGACGCCAUCUAGGGAUACUGCCAAAAAAACAAGAUUUUCGUUUAAGAGCCAAGGAUAGAGAAUCAAAGAGUGCUAAAAUAAAAGAGUUAAAAAAUAAAGCUUUAGAUAAGAAUACAGAUGAAUUUUAUUUCAAUAUGUGUAAUUCUCGUUUUGAUGCAGAAAAAGGGCAUAUUCCAUUGAAUGUGGAAAAAAAUUAUUCAGAUUCUGAAAUAAAAUCAUCUUUUGAUAAAAAUAUUACACGUCUACAAUAUGAAUUACAAAAAGAAAUGUCUAAAAUACGUCAACUUGAAUCAAGAACUAAUUUUUUACAAAGUGAAUUACAAAAUUAUCGUUCAAAAAAAACACCUAAACAUAUUGUAUUUGCAGAAGAUUAUAAUGAACUCAUUGAAUUACAUCAUAUAUAUGCAGAGAAAUCACAAGCGAAUAAAAUUGUUACCAAUGAAAAAAUGUCUUCCGACGAUUCCUAUGUUGAAGAUAUUCAUAAUCAACGUUUUAGCGCUUAUACAGAAUUAUCUGAACGUUUAGAAAGAGCUAAACAGUUGAAAUAUCUUUUACGUCAGCAUGAAGCUAAGAAAAAUCUUAUGGCAAAUUCAACUAAAAGAGGAUACAAAACUGUAUUCAAAGGAAGCAAAACAGCACCACCCGUCUAUAAAUUUGAGCCUGUUCGAGAUCGAUAAACACUUGAAUUUUUUCCUGAGUGGUUUAAUUUGUAUGUAUGUACAG